AUGGCGUGUGAUUUGGAUGAACUUGAGAAAAAUAUAGAAAACUUGAGAGCCAUUGUAAGACAGUCAUUUGCACGUAUUUAUGCUAGUUUAAAAGCGAGAGAGCUAAAGACUUUGAGACAACUCGACGCUAUUCGUAAACAAUGUCAAGAUGACAAAGACUUGAAGAGAAAUUGUGUUCAAAGUAUUGAAAUAAGUUAUGAGAAUGAGCCUGUAAUUUUAGAAAACAUAAGUAAAUUUGGGGCUAUUGAUUUUGAGAAGCUUAAUUUUGAUAGCAAAACAUUUACAUUAGAAGACUACGUUAGCCCAGAUGACGAUCAUAUGUAUUUGUAUAAAACUAUUGAAGAUGUGACCAAAAAAGAAGAUAUUAACGAUUUAGAAGCAAUAGAGGAGGCUGCCUUAAAAGAAGUAACUUCCACAGAAAAUUGUAUAGCCAGUGAUAAAAUUAUUGAGUCAAAUGUGAACGACGAUAAUGAAUGUCCGGUUGUGCUUGAAGAUGAAAUAAGUGAAUGUUCUGAUUCAGAAAUGAAGAAAAUAAAUCCUACAGAUGACUGGUUAAAUUCAAUAAAAAAUCAAACAGAGACCGAGCCUACUCAAGUCACAGAUGUAAUGGAGCAUAGCACUAUAACUUGCUCU